AUGAGUGUUGUAUUGGGAAAAACCUUAAAUACAUCUACGACGACAUCAACAACCCUUUCAUCAGCGUCGUCCUUGUUAGAGAUGGAAAAUUCUUUAACUAAUGAGCUUGAAAGGCUUCAACAAAAAUCGAAAAAAGCCAAGAAGAAUAGCAUUUGGAGUUCGUUGUCGAAACAUCAAAAACUCGAUUCUAAAUUACAGGAGGGCCUCCGAGAGAGUUGCAACGUAAUUUUCCUUGGUGAUGAGAAGAAUGGUCAAAGAAGUUUGAUUAGAAGAGUACAAGGAAAAGAAAUAUCUGGUGAGGUAUAUCAUGACACUCUCUCGAUAGAGUACACGUUUUUCAAAGUGACUGACUUGAAUGGUGACCGUAAUGAUUCAGAUUAUUUGGAAACUAGAAAUUAUAUGGACAAAGACGACAAAUAUUUGAAUAUCUAUCAUAUGGAAAAUCAACAUUUUUCUUAUUUAUUGGAUUUUGCUUUAACUGCCUCAAAUCUUGAAAAGUCUAUAGUCGUAAUAACAGUCGACAUCUCCAAUGUCAAGGAUAUCAUCUCAAGAACAAAAAGAUGGAUCAAAAUUGUACAGGAACAUGUUGCAAACAAAAUUAUACCAACAAUGUCAGCAGAAGAUUCACAAAGAUGCUUUCAAAGAGUUAAGGACAAUUUUAAGAAAGGUCAAUCACAAUCUGUAAAAGAUGCAGUAGAUAUUCCGGUGGUCCUUGAUACAAAUAUUGGCAUUCCAAUCAUAAUUGCCGUUACCAAAAGUGAUUUAAUAGAGCAUGUGGCAGACUCAUUUUGUAACAGACGGACAGUGGUUACUUCAAGACCAGACCAUUUCCUGAAUUUUGUGUUGUACAAACUACGUAAGCUUGCUUUGAGAUAUGGUGCCUCCCUUUUCUACACAUCUGCCACUUCUAACAUUAACUGCCUCACACUUAAAAAUUAUAUUUUAAACGUCUUCUUCAACACGCCUUUUUCAUUUAGGGACUAUGCCGAGUAUAAGGAUCAUACUAGCAUUGCAAUACCUAGUGGUUGUGACUCCGCACCAAAGAUUAAAUCUAUCGACUGCUCCACAUUCACAUCAGACCCAGAAAACACAGACUUAGACGCCACCCUUAAUGAUAUAUUCUUUGUUCAAGAUUCGUUACAACAAAGCUCAACGUACAUCGACAAAGAUCCUGUUGUGGAUUUAGAAUCUUUCUUGAAAAAGCAGCAAAAGAUCAGAAAUAUGAUUCAAUCAAGACCAAUUGAUAACGAAGGAGGAUCAUUGAUCUCACCACUAUCAUCAAACUUGGGUUCUCCUGGACGUCACCAGAGACAAAAGAAUACUGUUGCUCUCACUCCAAGAGCCUCCUCAAAGCUUAAUGAUUUACAAAGCCCAUUAUUACUCCCAACCCCGAUUGCAUCUGAUUACUUUAAUGAGCACAGCAUGUUGUCUCAAAAGGGAUCAGUAACUCCAAGAACACUAACCACGGCAUUUACUACAAAUGUAACACCUCCAAGCUCAGACCAAGUAGAAGUUGCAGAGCACUUUUUCACUUCCUUAUUGCAGAGAUACUCCAACAAACAAACUACACCAACUAAGAAUUCACAAAAUUAA